AUGACAAGUACUAAAGAUUUUGGUAUUGAUCUUUUCAAGGAAGAGGAAUUUAAAGAGCCUUUGAAAUUUGAAGUUGAAGUAGUAAAUAUUAAUAUAGAUGAUGAGUUAGUAAUAAAUGAAUUUUUUGAUAUUGGUAUUUUUGAACAACAAGAGCAAGAAGUUGUUAAUAAAAGUUCAACAACUUAUUUUCAAAAUUCUACUAAUACUAAAGAUUG